AAGCUCGGAGGAGGCCCAGCUCCCGAGGGGCUGAGAGCUGGAGUCUUGGUGAGGGGGGAGGAGCUGUCCCGCGAGGACCACCCCCCAAAGAAGUAUGAAUAGGAAAGACAGCAAGAGGUAAGGGGGCCUCCCCAGGAGCCAAGCCUGCGCGGGAAGGUUGGGGAGUCGCCGAGCGGGGCCAGGACGUCUGCCUCCUGUAGGAUCAGGGGUGCCAGGGACAGAUGCUCCAGGGAGCCCAGGGCCAGCCAGGGCCAAGGCUGCGUGCGCAGAGGCGCCUGCGGCUGACGCGUUCUCUCUCUGGACUUUGCUUCUCCCCUCCCCGCCCUCCCCGUCCUGCUCUCUCGCCUGCUGUCCUCCCUGGGGUCUUCCUGGCUCCCCAUCCACUCGCUGCCCCCUGACUGGAAACUCCAGCCUCCUCCUGCAGGGCCCUGCCCCAGGAGAGGGGUGUGUGAUGCAAGAUCAGCCGGUUCCCCUGCCUCUUAAACCUCACCUGGCUGCUCCAGACUCCAAGGGGGCUGCCAGUCCUCAGGCAGGGACCAAGUGACUGCCACUGCCCGCUAACUCUGGGCAAGCUUGCCCUCCUAUCCACACAAAGAUGGAUGGUGAUUGGGUCCCCAGUCUAGGUGACCCCUCCAACCUCCCCCAACAUGAUUCUGAUGAGCAACUGGACUUCCCUCCCCAUACCAUUCAGUAGUUUAGUGGUGGGAUCCUCACUGCCUCAUUGCUGGCUGUGUGACCUUAGGUAAGUUACUUAGCUUCUCUGGGUCUCAGUUUCUUCUAUCAAUAGAAUAACUAUAGAUUGUAUCUCAGAGGGGCCUCUAAGUCUUCAGUGAGACAGUCCAAACCACUGGUUCUCAAACUUGACCAUGUGUCAAAACCACCCAGAGGGCUUAUAAAAGGCAGGUUGCUGGGGCUGGGGAUGUGGCUCAAGUGGUAGCGCGCUCGCCUGGCAUGCGCGGGGCGCUGGGUUCGAUCUUCAACACCACAUAAAAAUAAAAUAGAUAUUGUGUCCAUCUAAAACUAAAAAAUAAAUAUUAAAGAAAAAAAUGCAAGUUGCUGGACUUACCCCUAGAGGUUUUGAUUUGUGCUGGGUGCUGGGUGGGGCCUAAGAAUUUGUGUUUAUAUCAAGUUCCCAGGUGAUUCUGUUAGUACUGAUUGGGGACCUUACUUUGAGAAUCACUGAUCUAGAAGGAGUGACCUGCAGGGCAUGGUGGACCAUGCCUGUAAUAAGGCUCUGGAGGCUGAGGCAGGAGGAUCAUUAGUUCAAAGUCAGCCUCAGCAACUUAGUGAGGCCCGAAGCAACUCAGUGAGACCCUGUCUCUAAGUAAAAUAUUUUUAAAAAGGCUGAGGAUGUUGAUCAGUGGUUAGGGGACCCUGGGUUCAAUCCCUGGUGACCCGCUAGCUAAUCAGUACUCAGUAAUGCCCCCUAUUAUUCAUCAACAGUCAGUGACAACUUACUGAGUCCUUAGGAUGCACUGUCACCUUUGCCAUGUGGGACUCCUGCUUCCAGUUUCACCCCUGCCACAGGCUCCUCCUGGGCCCCAUCCCUCUUUCUCUCUGCAUCUUAACCUCGGCUUUCCCACAUCUGGGUCACUGACCAGAGAAAUGAAGUGACUCACCAAACGUCACACCGCCAGCAGAAAUUUCUCGAACCCAGGUCUCUCCGACUCUAGAGUCUAAGUUUUGCUCCCUCCUCCUUUCUCCUGCCGCCUCUGUCGCUCCGUUACCCUCUCUCCCCACCUGGAGCAGGAGCCUCAGAGGAGCACAAGGCAAAGUUAUUUUUAAACUUUCCUUGAAGCUGCCUUAGCUCCAGGGACCCCGCCUAGCUCUGGGGAGCUCUGGAGAGGUCACUUUGUACUGGUACUUCCUCUCUGGGUUCCAAAUCUAAGCACCCAGCUGGAGGCUAAGACUCUAGAGCCCGUGAAGGGCCCUUCCUGAGGGAGAGUGGGGAGGAGAGAAGAGAUGGAAUCCCGGGGGCCUGCCUGAGGGAGGAGGCGCUGGAGGCCAAAAGGACAUUCUGAAGAGUUGUCCUGAGGCUGACCCUCCCGUGUGUCCUCCCAGGGAGGACAGCAGUGAUCCUAAGGGGUCUUCUGUCUUGGUUUCCUGAGAGGUCAGGACAAAUCCCCCGGGUCUGCCAACAGGAAAUCUCUUCCAUGAUGACUUGAGACAGCUUUGUCCAGAGGAAUUUGGGGGGGAUGCCUGGUGGAGGGAGUUUUUAGGAUUCCUUGGGGAAUCUGGAAUAUUCCUGGGGGCUUCUCGCAGGAGUCCAUGGUAGGUCAGCGGUCAUCCGGGGACUUCACCUGUAUUCCUGUAGGAAUUUCUCCCAUGGUACCUUGGGGCAUUGGGGUCAGAGGAAUCUGAGGAUCUGCCCAAAAGAGGGGGCUCUCAUGCUUCCUGGGGGUGAGGGGAUGUGCAUCCACAGGAAAUCCCACCAGGAAUGCUCAGGGAAGGCAGGAGGCCGGGGCCGGCCCCGCCAGGCCCCUCGCCGCCACAAGACCUGCCCCAGUCCCCGGGAGAUCAGCAAGGUCAUGGCAUCCAUGAAUCUUGGCAUGCUGGGCGAGGGCAGCUACAGCGAAGAUGAGCUGCUGGAGAAAUGCAUCCAGUCCUUCGACUCCAGUGGCAGCCUGCGCCGAGGGGACCACGUUCUCAACAUGGUGCUGGCCAUGCACAGCUGGGUGCUGCCUUCUGCUGAACUUGCUGCCCGGCUGCUGGCUUUGUACCAGGAGGCUGCAGAGGACACCCGGGAGCUGAGGCAGUUGCAGAUCUGUCACUUGGUCAGGUACUGGAUGGCCCAACACCCAGAGGCCAUGCGCCAGGAGCCCCAGCUAGAAGAGGUCAUAGGUCGUUUCUGGGCCGCGGUGGCCCAGGAGGGCAACUCAGCCCAGAGGAGCCUGGGAGAUGCUUCCCACUUCCUGAGCCCUGGUGGCCCUGGGCCCCCACCUCUCACGAGCAGCCCAGGCCUGGGCAAAAAAUGCAAAGUGUCCUUGCUUUUCGAUCACCUGGAGUCGGAGGAGUUGGCCCAGCACCUCACAUACCUGGAGUUCCGGUCCUUCCAGGCCAUCACGCCCCAGGACCUGCGGGGCUACGUUUUGCAGGGCUCCGUGAGGGGCUGCCCAGCCCUGGAGGGUUCCGUGGGCCUCAGCAACAGCGUGUCCCGCUGGGUGCAGGUCAUGGUGCUGAGCCGCCCUGGAGCUGCUCAGCGUGCGCAGGUGCUGGACAAGUUCAUUCACGUGGCACAGAGACUCCGCCAGCUACAAAAUUUCAACACACUGAUGGCCGUCACAGGGGGCCUGUGUCAUAGUGCCAUCUCCAGACUCAAGGACUCCCAGGCCCACCUGAGCCCUGACAGCACCAAGGCCCUGCUGGAGCUGACAGAGCUUCUCGGCUCCCACAACAACUACGCCCGCUACCGCCGCACCUGGGCUGGCUGCAGCGGCUUCCGGCUGCCUGUUCUGGGUGUGCACCUCAAGGACCUGGUGUCCCUGCACGAGGCACAUCCUGACCGGUUACCAGAUGGCCGCUUGCAUCUGCCCAAGUUGAACAGCCUCUAUCUGCGGCUGCAGGAGUUGGCAGCCCUCCAGGGACAGCAUCCCCCCUGCAGCGCCAACGAAGACCUGCUGCAUCUGCUCACCCUCUCCCUGGAUCUCUUCUACACGGAGGACGAGAUCUACGAGCUGUCCUACGCCCGGGAGCCCCGCUGUCCCAAGAGUCUGCCGCCCUCUCCCUUCAAAGCACCUGUGGUGGUCGAGUGGACCACUGGGGUGACACCCAAGCCGGACAGGAUCACCCUGGGUCGACACGUGGAACAGCUGGUGGAGUCCGUGUUCAAGAACUACGACCCUGAAGGCCGCGGCACCAUCUCGCAGGAGGACUUUGAACGGCUGUCGGGCAACUUCCCCUUCGCUUGCCACGGGCUGCACCCGCCCCCCCGCCAGGGGCGUGGCUCCUUCAGCAGAGAGGAGCUGAUGGGGUACCUGCUGCAUGCCAGCGCCAUCUGCUCCAAGCUGGGCCUGGCCUUCCUGCACACCUUCCACGAGGUCACCCUGCGCAAGCCUACCUUCUGUGACAACUGCAACGGCUUUCUCUGGGGUGUCACCAAGCAAGGCUACCGCUGCCGGGACUGUGGCCUCUGCUGCCACAAACACUGCAGGGACCAAGUGAAGGUGGAAUGUAAGAAGAGACCAGGGCCCAAGGGUGACGCGGGACCCCCAGGAGCCCCUGUCCCACCCACACCACCUCCUCAUGCCAGCUCUGACGCUGAGGAGCGUCUGUCCUACACACUCUCCCUGGAACCUGAGACUGGGUACCACCUUUGCCAUGCUUGGACCCAGACAGAGUCCCCACACCCUUCCUGGGAACCAGAGACGGUCUCCUCCCCAGAGCCGGUCCCACCACCCACCUCCUCCUCCAAGCCAGAUUCCUAGACAUCAUCUUGGGCUUGUCUCUCCCUCACAGCCCCCACCCCCAGGACCCCCAGACAUCCCCUUCUCCACACCCACAGGGCCUUUGAUGACGCAUCCAUCAUCACUUGACCUCCCAGAAAAGUUCUUUUCUUCCCUCGUGUGGCAAGAGCUAUUAAUCCCACUCCAUUUCCCACACGUAGCAUGUGCCGCUCAGUGUUGGGCGCAUGUAGACCGAGGCUCACUGUCGCCCAAGUCUCCACUCACCAGGUUAGGAGGGAGGCUGGCGAGGUCAGGCUGCUGGCCAAGGGGACAGAGCUCCCAGGGUAGGAGGCAGGACGCAAACCUGGUCUGCUAAGAGAGAAGCUGCAGACCUGAGCGCAGUGCCCCGUGGACAGCCAGCGUGAGUGAAGGGUGGGCAGAGCUCCAAACUGGGGUGGCAGAGACAGGGGAAAGGGGGUGGAACUGUGGGCCUGUGAACCCCAUACCCUGAGCCACCCUCCGUUAGCUCAGGGUAAAAGCCAGUCCUCACUGUGACCCACAGAGCUCCACACUCUGACCCUCACCUCUCUGACCCCACCCCCACCUCCCAGCCCCUUUACUCAUCCUGCUUCUGCCACCCUGGCCUCAGUGUACCUUGAACAUUCCCCAAAGAAUCCUACCUCAGGGCCUUUGCACUACCAGGAAGGCUCCUCCCCAGGGCCCCAUGUGGCUUAUUUUCUGAAACAGUGCUCAAGGGAUACUUCUGACCAUUUCAGAGACCUGCACCUCCUUGCCCCCCACCCCAUCCUGCCUCCCAGCAUUAUUUUUCUCCAUGGUGCUUCCUCUGUGAGACAGAUUCACCUUCCACCUAUAUUUUGUGAAAUGUCCCUUCCUCCUCACCAGAAAUGUUACCUGUCUUUCCCUACAGUGUCCCCAUGCCUAGAACAGAACUGGCACACUGGGGACACAGGAUAAGUGUCCUCCCCAUGCCCACAGGAAGGGAAAGGGUGUCCUGGAAAGGUGGAGGACCCUGUGCAUCAGAGCAGCGGGGCCUGUCCAGACGCAGAGCAGGGCCUCCCCCCAAAGGCCACGUGCCCCUGGGCGGGCCUCCACAGAAAGGGUCCUACAGCCAUCAAAAUUAAAUUUAUUUUCCAGGGAA